GCAGCGGGUACCAGUUGCUCAACACUUUAGCAGUUUGCAUUGCUCUUUCUUCUCCCUCAAGCGAAUUUCCAUGUUGAGGUGCAGCUCCAGAGAAGAAAGGAAGAAACUCUUGCACCGGCUGCGUUUUCAGGGAUGUGUGCCCAGAGAUCAAGGCCGUCAGCCAGCCCCACCCAGCAGGGCCCCACGCAGAGGCAGGACUUGAUGAUGUAUUUCAAGCUGAUGGAGAGGGUUUGCUAAAGUUUGCCUUGGACUUAAAACUCUUCAUGUGGCCUUUUCUUAAUAUGCGUUUGAGAGCAAGAGUUAUAUGCAGAAGCUGAAAAUGCCUGGAAGGCUUCUGGUUUAUUUCAGUACCUUCCGACCUCUAUAUCUUUGCCUGAUUUGGAUAAUGUGAUGUCCGGAAGGACAACUUAAUCUCCCUCAUCCCUUAAAGAGACACAUCUGGCGGAAGACUGUCUAAUUGAAAAUGGCCAGUCAGCCACCCGAGGACACCGCAGAGUCCCCGGUCUCUGAUGAGCUCGAGUGCAAGAUCUGUUAUAAUCGAUACAAUCUGAAGCAGAGGAAACCUAAGGUGCUGGAGUGCUGUCACAGGGUUUGUGCCAAGUGCCUCUACAAGAUCCUAGACUUCGGGGACUCCCCGCAGGGUGUCAUCGUAUGUCCUUUCUGUAGGUUUGAGACCUGCCUUCCAGAUGACGAAGUUGGUAGCCUGCCUGAUGACAACAAUAUCCUCGUGAACCUGACUUGCGCAGGCAAAGGAAAGAAGUGCCUGCCAGAAAACCCCACCGAGCUGCUGCUGACCCCCAAAAGGCUCGCCUCGCUCGUCAGCCCUUCCCAUGCUUCCUCCAACUGCCUGGUGAUCACCAUCAUGGAGGUGCAGAGGGAGAGCUCCCCGUCCCUGAGUGCCACCCCCGUGAUGGAAUUCUAUAGGCCUGCCAGUUUCGACUCCGUCACCACCGUGUCCCACAACUGGACGGUGUGGAACUGCACCUCCCUGCUUUUCCAGACAUCGGUCCGGGUGUUGGUUUGGUUGCUGGGUUUGCUGUACUUCAGCUCCUUACCCUUAGGGAUCUACUUACUGGUGUCUAAGAAAGUUACCCUUGGGGUCGUCUUCGUCAGCCUGGUCCCUUCCAGCCUUGUUAUCCUUAUGGUGUAUGGUUUCUGCCAGUGUGUUUGUCAUGAAUUUCUCGACUGUUUGGCACCGCCUUCUUAACUCAUAUGCAAACUAAGAAAUCAGGCACACAUUCAAAAUGAGGUAAUUUACAACUUAUUUUCUUUUAUAUUCUUUAUGGCUAGUGUCCAUGACAUUAACAGAACCAUCGGCCAUAUUUUUGUGGUCCAUUUCCAUCCAAAUAUGGACUCAAUUUUUUUUUCUGUGUUCUGGAAGUAAAAACGUUCACUUUUACUUGAGAAUUAGCAGAGAAGCAAACGUGUGUGAGCAGAGCCCUCGUGGAGCUCUGACAGCUGUGAGUCUUCCUGGAGAAAGGGCAGGGUUUAGACAGGCACAUGGGGGGCGUGGGGGUGACAUGUUAUGCUGUGGAAGAGGAUCUCUGGGACGUUAGGCAUGAACUGGUUCCUCUUCUCUCAGUCAUUGAUAUUAAGCAGUAGAGGGUGGACAUGAGUGGAGAGCUGCUCCAGGACACAUGCAUUUGAAAAAUGUGUGCUCCCCACUCCACACCCAUAUUGCUGGAUAGCCCGUGAAUCAUCUCCUGGUGUUUUCUCUCUAAGGUCAUGCCACUCUAUAGUUUGUGGCUCCAGUUGCGGUACUUUGUUCUCUUUGUACAUUUUUCAUUGCCAAGAGGAACUCAGCCACAUUCCCUUGGGUGGUUUCAACUGAAUACCCGUUUUGCCACAUUACUGAAGAGAAUUAAAAACGUUGAGGGCUUGGCAUCAAGGUAAACUUCAUGACAGAAUACAGCCAUUUGUCUUUGAGACACACCCUUUCCUCCCCAAUUAUUUUCCUUUCUCCUUAGCAUUCUCCGAAAUUCUCGUAGAGCAGUUAUUAUUCAUGGAGAACUUUGAUUCUUUCCUUAAAGCACUGCAUUUUUUUAAACCAUAUUGUUCACUCAGCCACACCCACCUGCCCUGAAUGAGGUUCCGUUUAAGUGAAUUGCCAUAAGUUCACUAGGAAAUCAAAUUUGCACAACAAACUUGAAUUUUCUUCCUCUCUUCAUUGCAUUUUAAAUUGCUAUGACUUAUUUAGUUUAAUCCUAUGACAAUUUGGGGUGAAGGUGGCAGUGAAAACCCAGAAACGAUUAACAAAAUGCUCCAGCUCACAGUUUGAAGGGCUGAGAACAUAAGUAUUUUGCUGUACUGUGUGGAGUCGUACCAAAAUAUAAUGGUUUAGGUUUAUGUGCAAGACCAUAUGUAGUAAUAGUCCAGAAAAAGAGGUCUUUUCUUGUUUGAAAAGACCCCGAAAGGAAGUAAAAUGGAGGUGGCAGAGUGGAACUUAACAUGUUGCGAUCCUGGUUGUUUAAAAUCACUUUUAGAAUGGAUUCAAGUUCUUGCACAAAUUUAUUUCAAGCAGAAGUGUAAGCUAUAUGACUGGAGUUAAUGAACCCCUUUUCAUGAUGUAGGGGAAGUUGAAUGUAUAUAUUUAAGAGAAGAAAUUGUUUAGCAGACUUUAGGUUUGGAACAAUAGACUGUCCACAGAAACUAGGCACCCAGUUGGGAAAAGUUUAUUAUCUCCUUAAUCCAUUACUAAUGAUUAACAUUAAAAUAUUUUUAACUCUUAGAAAGGGCAUCACUAAGGCUAUUUUAACUUGUUUGUGAUGAAAUAUUUGUUGUAUGGUAUAGAUACAGUGGGUCAAUUGCAAUCUUCUUAUUCAGGAAAAAUUGACACUUCUAGGAUAGUUGAUUUUACUUGUAUAACAAUUAACUUUGGGAAUAUGUGUGACAGGAAAGGAUAUGUGGGAUGUGGUGCAGUGACUUCAAGCAACAAGAUAGCAGCUAAUAUAGUAAUGAUUUCACAAAAUCUAGUUUAGAUGGCUUUGUGAAUGCAACUUCAAAAAAUUCAUUUUUACUUAGAUAAAUAUAAUGUUUAGGAGGUGUUUUGUGGUUUGGAUUUAUAUAUUUAUAAGGUUUUUAAAAAACGUUCAUUUUGUUUGAAAUGUAACAUCAAAUAAAUUGGAUUAUCAUAUGGUGAGGUCUCUAGAAAGUCUGGACAUGUGCACUCUGUAAUUUGCUUUUUUGUAUAAUGUCUGCAGUGCUAAAUUUGUGUCUCUCUGUAUUGACAGUCUUUUUUUUCAAGUUGCAGUAAGUUAAUUUGGUUUCCAAGAGUUUUAAAUGGAUAACAAAAGCCUCUUUAUGCUGUUGAAUGAAGAAAGGAUAAUGCUUUGAUAUUUUAUUCACUGUGAUGAUGUUUCAUUUGUCCAUUAAAUUGUUAUUAUUUCCAAACUAAAAGUUUGAUUUUUCUAACUUGUGGCUGAGAUUCAAUUAUUGUUUUGGACCUCUGUUAACCUUAGAUAACUGCAAAACAUGAAUUUUCAGAAACAUUGAUUAAGGUAAUGAUGCCUUUUGUCUGGCACAUGGAGAUUUCAGCUCUGAAAGACAAAGCUGAUCUAACCGAUUCCACCUAUAAAAGAACUUCAUACUUUUUUGUUUUUAAAGCAGGGGAGGAAAAUGAGGGGAGACAAAACAAAAACAUCAAAAACAUUGUCUUU